UUUAUUCUUAAGAGAGAGUAAGAGUAGGGCACCGCAACCGUCUCAUCUUCGAAGAGCUUCUCAGGCAACUUGCACGAAGGAUCAACCGAAAAAUUCGGCAGAAAAGAAGUCAUGUAUGAACAGUUAAAGAUCUGGAAUUGUUAGUGAGAUAAAAGAGGAGGCGGAUAUCUCGAUUGGAGUUGGAUUCCCUCUUGCCCUAAUCCCGAGCACUGCUGUUCUGUCGAACUGUUUUUUGGUCGACACCAUUUCUGGAAUUGGAAGCUUUAGAUCUGUGUUUUAACGGACCGUGGAGAUACGGGGAGUCGGCUAACGUUUUCGACGUUGUGGCGGAUUGUUUUGAUUAGGGUUUCAUAUCUUGGUUUUGGCCCUUUGGGAGGUGGAUCGAGGGGUUUCUGGCUGAUCGGCUUGGGAUCCGCUGUCCGGGUUGGAGAUACUGUGUUUUUCUAGGAUUGGGGCUUGGUUUUUUGCUUGAUGGUAGGGAUUUGAGCGGAGACAUCGAGUAGGACGGCGUACUAGAUUUUACGGAAGUUGAGCUUUGAUUGGCAAGCUGAUGCUGUUGAUUUUUAUUAUGUUGGUGCUGUUAUUGUUUCGGUUGGUUUGAGGAGAGUUUUGAGUGCAGCCAGAUGGUGGAUGUUGUAUGGAAUGAUACCUCACCGUGCAAAGGGGAUUUCUUUAACGAUUGAGUUACAGUUGUUGGUUUUUGGCCGCUUGAUUGUCCUCUUUUUCAUUUAUUUGCCUGGUUUUGGCGUGGGGAGGAGGUUUUGGCUUGAGCUUUGAUUCCCUGGGACGAAAUAAGAAUGUUUUGAAGCUGGAAAUGAACGAGAGGACAUGGUGGAUGGACAAGAACAAGGCUGCUGGUCCGUUUUUGUAUUGGGACAGCUGUGCUGUAUACUAGUAGGUGUAGAUCGAGGGUCACCGUGCGAUGUCUCGUUGCUUUCCAUUUCCGCCACCAGGAUAUGAGAAGAAACCUGAAGCCGAGAACCUAGAUUUGUUAACGAAGGAGAAACGCAAAGAGAAGAAGCAUAAGAAAGAGAAGAAGGAUAAGGAAAAAAGAGAGCACAAAGAGAAGAAAGAGAAAGAUAGAAGCAAAGAUAAACGUAAGGAGAAGAAAGAUAGAAAAGAAAAGCACAAAGACAGGAAAAAAGAUAAGGAUGUUGAGAAAGGAAAGUCAUCAGAAGAUAAAAGAGCCGAAGAUGGAAAUGAGGGAACUCACAACCGAGAAAGCUUGCAGAAGGAAGAAGUUAAGGAUUCCAAGCUUGCAGAAGAGUUGGACAGGAGAACUAGAUUUAAUGGAGCUGAUAAUCAAAUGGUUGCCGUUACAAGCUCCAUUCCUAAAAGAAUUGAACCAAUGGGUGUCAUUCGUCCUUCUCUCGAGAAGGACAUCAGAGUUGCUGAGAAAAAAGUAUUCCCUGUGCCUACCGGUUCAUCUCAAAGAAAUGAUGGAAGUAGCCUAUCUAUCGAGAACUCAACAAUUUCUCCUCAUAGAAGAAUUGGGAAUAUCAGCACUGCAACUUCCACGGAUCAGGGAAGAACCAAAUCUCAUGAAAGGUUCACUGUUGGCUUCAACGCUGAUCAAAUCCGAAAUCAUGGAAUCUCUCGAUCAAUGGAAGGUAUUUCGAUGCUACCUCAUAGGAAAGCUGAAUACUCUACUUCUGGAAUGGAGAAGGAAAAAUUUUCCGAAAAAUUUUUCGCUCCAAUUUCUGUUGCACCUCCAAUUGAUAAUAAAGGAAAACUCGGUGCAAAAGUUGUGGCUUCACAUUCAGCGUCGAUUAAAGGAAAAAAUGAUUUGUUGGGGCAUCCAGUCGAAAGUCUCUCCUCCUCCAUUCGCAGCAAAACUGAGUCCAACUCUGUUAUUCAAAGCAGAGUGGAUGGCUUGGGCUCUGUACCUGCUGUCGAUAAGGAAAGAGCUAAAGGCAGUGGAAUUUUCCCACACCCACUCAGUUCAGAGCAAAGAAGAAACACCACCAUUUUUCCACCAGUUCAGAGGGACAAAAACCAAAGGUUUGACAAGGACAAAGAACAUACUGCAACGAAGAAGAAUAAACCGAAGGAUGCUGAUAAGCAUUCUAAAGAGGAGGCGGAGAAAAUAACGGAGAAGGUUGCAGUGAUUGAAAAUAAUAAGAUUAGAAACAUUGGGAAGAAGGAUCAAAUCGAAGCUCUUAACAACAAGCUUUCUGCCCCUCAUAAAGACAAUACAGCUGAUAGUAGAGAUGUUGAUGAAACUAGUAAUAAAAGGAAGAAUGUCAAGAUCAAUGGCUUUAUGUUGGAAAAUGAUGCGAGGCCUAACAAGAUGCCGAGGAUGAUGGCCUCCUCACCCUCCCAACCUCUUGCCGGCCUUCCAUUGAAACCGGAUAGAAUAUUAUUAGAUUAUAAGGAUAAAGUGUUAAAUGGCUCUGCAAAGCCUCAGCUGUUGCCGGACGGAAACGGCGAUGUUUCUUUGAAACCCCCUCACCCUGAUUCAAAGUACCUCGAGCAGAUAUACACGGUGCCGAAAAUGGAGCUGUUGCCCGAGAACGGGGAUAUGGAAUGGCUGUUUAGUUGCGGCGAUUCUUCUCAGCAGAAGCCUAAGAGAUCGUCGCUGCCGCCUGUGAGCGACGAAAGUAUAAGCCCUCGGGUUUGGUCUAAGGCCUUGUGGAUCGAAUCGGCUGAUGUCCUCGCUCUGCCCUAUGUAGUCCCAUUCUGAGGGGUACCGUGAUCUCGAAGGUAUGUGGCAAAGUGAAAUACAGUAAUAUCUCUGUUUUUCAGUUGUUUGGGGUCUCUGGACAUGUAGGCAAGCAGUGACGCUUUAUUGUUCUUGUUCUGGGCUCUAAAUGGGAUUGGGAUCUCAAAGUCGUUAGAUUUGCUUCGAGAUGAGUGUAGUAACAUAUGGGAGGAAGCAAUCUAGAUUUAUAUUACAUUUAUCUCAAAAGCAGAGGAGAGGAGAGGAGAGGAGGGGGGAAAAAAAUUUUGUAUCAGGAUACUCUGACCAAUAAUAAGUGAUUACAAUGGGAUCUCAAAGCCGAUAGAUUUACUUUGAGAUUGGUGUAAUAUUAAUUAUUUAUUUACUAUACUCAUCUCAAAAUAGAUCUAUAAUCUUUUAGUCUCAUUCUGGCCAAAAUUUUGAUUAGGAUAUCCUGACCCCAUUUUUUU